UCAUCAUUAUUAGCUUGAGGGAGGCCUCUUCAGGGCAAACCUUGAAACAUUCAGUUCCAUCUGAUGCAGCCAGGCACUUUAUCAAGACCCCGUGGAGUGUCAACUAGCAACCGACCCACCUGGCAAGAUUCUCGACACCUAGCUAGUAACGAUUGUAAUGGACAAAAGUAGCCAGCUAAGUAGUCAAACUCUGUAGAAUAUCAUCGACAAAUGCGUGUGUUAAAGCCACGUAGCUCUAGCUAUGCUAAUUGAUUUCAUAAAUCAAGCUAGCUAGCUAGUUGCUACCGCAACUUUUAUCCAAGUAGCAGCGAGCUAGCAGUCAAGCAUCCUCGCGAACUUGGGGUAUUUUUGCUAGCUAACUGGGGUGGCUGGUUAAUAUUGAAAGACCCAUACAACACAGUUAUUUGGCCACCCGUUAUAUUUUUGGAGCCAGCUAUCUUAACAACUUUUAUAACAUAGCCGUCUUAAUUGAGAUUGCUGGCUAGUUGAACAGUUUAAUCAGUUGGUCAUCGCUUCGUCUAGCUAGCCACAGUAGCUUUUCUAGCCAACCUGCUAACGUUACUUUGUUCGCUAGCUAGCAAACUAGCGCCAGGCAUCUAGCAAGGUGCUGCUGACUACAGACAGCCAGUAACGUUAUAGUAGCUAGCUAGCCAAAAUCCGAGUAGUUUUGUUGCUCUUUCUCCGUUAAAAAAUCCCCGCAAUGAUGGAAAAGAGUGGUUCGGAAAUGUCAGGGAAAAGAAGGGGUAGGAAUACAGUUAAUAAUCCUAACAAAAGUUUAGCUACGAAUGGAAAUAGCAACAAUUCAUGGGAGGAAGGAAGUUCGGGCUCCUCCAGUGAUGAUGAGCAUGGUAGUGGUGGUAUGAGAGUUGGGACUCAGUAUCAAGCCCUCGUGCCAGACUAUGAUCCAGAGAUUGCCAAGGCGGCCGAGGAGAGAGACAACCUGGGCAUGCUGGUGUGGCUCCCCAGCCCGAACCUGGCUGAAGCUAAAUUGGAUGAAUACAUUGCCAUUGCCAAAGAGAAGCAUGGGUACAACAUGGAGCAGGCACUGGGGAUGCUCUUCUGGCACAAACACAACAUUGAGAAGUCCCUGGCAGAUUUGCCCAACUUCACACCUUUCCCAGAUGAGUGGACAGUGGAGGACAAGGUCCUGUUUGAACAGGGCUUCAGCUUCCAUGGAAAAACGUUCCACCGUAUACAGCAGAUGCUACCAGACAAGUCCAUUGCUAGCUUGGUUAGAUUCUACUAUUCAUGGAAGAAGACACGGAGCAAAACCAGUGUCAUGGAUCGCCACGCACGCAAGCAGAAGAGAGAACGAGAGCAGAGUGAGGAUGAGGCUGAGGAGACCAAUGGAAAUGCUCCAAGCGAUGUAGAGUACGACCCAAAUAAGGAGGAGAAGAAAGAGCUGGGCGCAGCACCUGAGAAACAGGAGCCAAAACCACUAGCAGUGGUACAGAAGCCGACUACUGGCGUGGCAGAGAAACUGACCCACGUCAAAAAAGAACCACAGGGUCCUCCAGGGAAAAACCUGCACCGUGCUAAGAAGAAGCCUCCUAAAGGAAUGCAUCUGAGCCAGGGAGACGUAGCUGCAAUGUCCACCAGCACCCCCGCUGCAGUCGGUGUGCUGCGGCAAAUGGACAUGGAGCUGGUUGGCAUCAAACGCCAGAUCCAGAGCAUCAAACAGAAUAACAGUGCCCUGAAAGAGAAGCUUGAUGUGGGAGUAGACAACUUCAGAGUACCUGAGGUGAACCAGAAGUUUAACACUCGCUGGACAACAGAGGAGCAACUGCUUGCUGUACAAGCCAUCAGAAAAUAUGGACGGGACUUCCAGGCUAUCUCGGAUGUGAUUGGCAACAAGUCUGUGGUGCAGGUGAAGAACUUCUUUGUAAACUACCGCCGACGCUUCAACUUGGAUGAGGUGCUGCAGGAAUGGGAGGCCGAGCACGGGAUGGAGGGAGCAGCCAAGGGAGGAGAGGAGAAAAUGGACACAUCACCAUCUCCCACUGAGGAUGGAGCCACCAACCCUGUGCCGCCAGAGGACCAAAAAGAGGAAUCCUCACUAGUGGAAGCACAACAACCUCUAGCAUCCUGAGUGGCCAGCCAUUUUGGAUAAUUCUGUUGGCAGAACUCCUCCCUCUGAGAUUGUACGUCUGUUCUGAAGAGGCGAUGAUGAAUCUGCACAGGUUACUCCCUGUCUUUGCGGGCCUGUUCAAGAAGGUCAUUCCUGUUACCUCAUCCCCGGUUCAAGGAUGUUUUGCAGCUGCCCACCAAUUAACUUACAGCACCAGUCUUCAGCCGGACUGACAGUCAAAGUAACCAGAAUUAUCUGACUGCACUUUAUCCCAUCCCAGAAAAAUCUUCUGUAUCAAAUGUAACUUGUUUAUGCAUCUGGCGUCUCUUACCCUGCCUCGGUCACUCUCAACAUUACAGAUGAUCCCUGUUACCCAGCCCACAAUAUCCGUUUGUCGUUUUAUCCUUCUGCAACCCUCUUUACUUUGUAAAGACUGGUUUUUGUUGUGUAGUAUUUAAUCGCAGUAGGUCUCAGGUAUGAACUGACCCUGUGGACUACAAUUAUUUAGAAAAUAUAAAGAAAAACAACCCAAGGAAAUACCAUUGCCGUGUUGGAGAUGGAGAAAAGGUGAGUCGGGUGAUUUGCCCCCUGAUACACACACAGUGCAGAACAAGAUGAUAGCAUUUCCACAGGGCCAUUUCAUACUGAGACCCAAUGCAAGUUAAUACUACACAACCAAAACGAUUUAUAUUCUUCCUUCCAAAACUCUUGUCUUUACCCUUUACCCCCUAACUAACUUCAUCCCCUAACGGGCACUUGUCCCCCCCAUGGAUUUACAAGGAACAGACUGGUGUAUGAAGGCUUUAAAUCCAGGAGAGGGAGUUAGUGAGACGGGUGCACAGUGUGGGAGUGAAAUAGGAAAUCAGAAUGCAGAAAUUGCCUUGCAGUAUUCUACAAACUCCAAUCACCGUUGGGUACAAAGUAAACACUACAAUCUCCCUUCCCUCUGCUUCUUUGCGUUACUUACGGCUGAACCUCAGCCCUCCCCUACUGAUAUACACGCAAUGUUUGUCAUAAAAGGUUGCUCUUACGGAAUGGAUGUGCCUCCAGCAAAGUGCAAGUAGGAUUCUGGGAUCUUGAAUUUGCCAUAUCCAUGGCAUGAUGAAUGUUGUCCCCCACCCCCCACCGUACUGAAAAGACUGUACAGACUUAUCAAAAACUGACAUUACAUAUAGUAAGUGUAGAACUUAGAAUCCCAACAGGCGCUUCCAUUGAAGAAAUAAACUAGGUGUUGAAUUUUAAACGGUAGUGCACUUUUGGUGUUCAGUGUUCAAUAUUACUCAAUUUAAACUAAAGUUAACAUGUUCUGGUGCAUAUUUAUAAAUAAUGCAUUAGUUGUUCGGAUGACAGGUUAAAGAGACGUGUACAAAUAAUGUAAAACUUUAAAUAGGAGCUGUUCAUCAUUGAGGGAUGUCCAUUUUCAGUUUACUAGUAACCUCAGGACACACAAUAGGGUCAACACAAUCAUGUUAAGAAUGCUUUUCAGUUGGAAGGAGAGUUGAGUGAGAAGUUCCUUAAGUUGAUGAAUAGGGAACAAGGCUAGAGUAAACAUGUCUCCCCCCGGGCCAAAUGAGAUUGCUGUUACUAACAAAUUUCAGUUAAUUACUAUAGCUCCCGCCUUGGGUCGAUCAGUGUAAUUUUGUAAAUGCCAGGUAUCUAUGGCAAGACUCAUCAUUCGCCCAAGUUUCGUCAAAAUCGGACCAGUGCUGUCCGAGAUAUUGCGUGUGACUAACGGACAGACUGAGAGAGAGCCACAGUCCCUUCUCUGAUUUUUCAUCUUGGGGAACAAUUUUUACAUUUUAAUUUAAACCUUUUUGAGUUCUGAAGUGUUUUUAUUUGUCAUUUCAAACCCUGUCCCUUUCACAACAACUGGCCUAUGCUAUUCUACCGUUUUUACUGUACUGGUACCAUGAUUUAGCAUACUGUUUUGAAAUCUUUUUAUAUAUUUAUGAAGAAAUUGUGAAUGCCUGAGGUGGGGUUUUAAUGAGGUUGUGUGUAUUGCUGUCAUUUACCAUUGUGUAUUCAAUUUGCGCAUCAAUUAACUAGACAAUAAAUUUGAAGGAUUUAUAGGGACAUUUA